AUGCCACAGGCAACUCUCCGCACCGAACGCCUCGAGCUGUUGCCACUCGCGCCUAGCCACGGGGACUACAUCUACCAGCUAGACUCGGACCCUGAAGUCAUGCGAUACAUUGGCUACGGCAAGCCACUGAGCGCCAGCGACUCGGCCAUUGUCCACAAGCUGCUCCUCGAGACUGCCUCCCUGGGCACAGGUCUGGGCUGCUGGGCCGGGUUCGCCGGUGAUGAGUUUGUCGGCUGGUGGAUUCUUGCCCCUAGCCAGAGCACCAGCCGGCGCAGCAGCAACAGUAGCACCAACAGCAGCGAGACGGAAGAGGAUGAGGCCUCGACUCCUCAAGUGGAUGUCAAGAGGGUCGAGUUUGGCCUGCGGCUCCUACCCAAGUUCUGGGGCCAAGGGUUUGCCAAGGAGGGCUCCCGCGCCGUGGUCAAGCACGGUCUGGAAGAGCUAGGCGCCGAUGAGGUUUUCGGCGAGACCAUGGCUGUCAACGCUGGUUCGCGGGCCAUCAUGUCCAAGAUCGGGCUGAAGCACGUUCGGACGUUCCACAACCAGUACGACAGCCCUCCGCCGGGGAUCGAGGAGGGAGAGGUGGAAUACAGCAUCACCAGGGACGAGUGGGCGGCGCUGGACCCAAGCCGGAAAUGA